CCCACUUCAGCCUGUGCCUAGAAAACAGAAAGCUUAAACAACAGCAUUUUGACCUGACAGAAAUGAAGAAGUUCCUAAUAUAAGGAAUUUUGAGAUUUAGUCCUGAGAAGUGAUUCAAUGGCAGAAAUGAAAACCUUCAUUUGGUUCUCAAUGUUCCUAACCCUGGCAUACAACCAAGCACAGAAACAGAAGGCUCCAGGUUCACCAAUUGAAAACAUAACUAUAGACGUGGAGAAAAUGGAGCUAAGAUGGACCAAUGUGGAGAAUGUGAAAGUCAACAACUGUUCUAUUCAAGUCCUCUCAAAAUUUAUAUAUGCAACAGAGGCAACAGACAACAAGAUGUGCCAUCUCCAUGGAUUCCACCCUUGGUGCCAUGGGGCAGAGUUUCAAAUAAAUGGAAUUGCUGGGAAAAGUUUUUCAAAAACAUACCAUCUUCCCCAAAGAGGUAAAGAAGGAACCACUAAAGAAGUAAUAACCUGCCAUGUUCAUGAAGCAAAAUUCAUGGACUGCAACUGGACAGUAAGGAAAAUUCCAAGAGACAUCCAUUAUCGAUUUUUUUACUCACAAGCUGGAAGGAAAGUUGUGGAUAAAGAAUGUCCACAGUACAAAACAGAUUCUAAAGGAAGAAAUGUUGGGUGUCAUUUUGAUAAUAUCUCAGGAUUCAAUUACUUUUUGGAGCAUCACUUCCUAGUGAAUGGAACCAGCAAUGGCACAGAAAUCCAGUGUAAUGAUGCUUACAUUUCACUAAAUGAUAUUGAAAUACUUACUCCACCAAAUAUCAACAUAAACUGCAGACAUUUUAGUUGUUACAUGCAUUGGAAUAUGCCCAAAUCAAUACAAUUAUCCGAGAAUUCCUUUCAGCUUGAAAUCCAAAAGAACAGUGAGAAGAGUUUCCGUUUGAUCACUAAUAUGACAAAAGAAAGAAAUUUUGUCUUCAAAAAGGUUGCUGGAAAAUAUACUGUGAAAAUAAGAACUAAAAACAUUGUAGGUGGUAAUUGGAGUGAAUGGAGUAAGCCCCAAGAAUUUGGUUAUGAAGACCCUGAAAGCAAUCCUCUGACAUUUGUAUUGCUGUCAUUUCUUGGAAUAGCCUUCAUUAUGCUGUUUAUUAUGGGAUAUCUCUGCAAAAGGUAUCACAUGAUUCAUAAAAUAUUCCCUCCUGUCCCCCAUAUUAGAGACCAACUUAAUGACAAUUUUCACAAAUACAUCCAGGUAGUCUGGGAAGAAAAUAAAAUACUUCCAGAACAAUGUAAGAUUGAAGAAAUACAGGUUAUAGAGAAAAAAGCAAACUAUCCAAAAAAUUAAAUGAGAUAUUUCAUUGGCUAAUAUUCUUAAAGAUUUAUUUUCUGACAUUUUUCCUAACUUGUUUUUUCCCUUUUCUUCCAAAUAAUGUUAUAGUAAAAUCCAGAGAGAAAUUAGCUGGCAAACAGCUAGCUCUCUGGGGAAAAAAUAAUAUACUCAUGAAAUGCUUUUAAGUUUAAUUUGCAUUAUUAACAUCUUCAUUAUUUUUGUAAUUCUAGACAACCAAUAAAACAAUAAAUCAAGCCCUAAUUGGUAGAAUUUGCUCAUUUUAAAGUUGUAAUGUUCAAACUGACUUAUAUAACAGUUGGUUCUCAUAAAUCUGUAUGAGCCAGAGCCAAAACACCUUUGGAUAUGCCCACUUACCUAGGGCUAGAUUUUUUUCAAAACCUCAGUACCAGAACCUGGUGGCAUUAUCCCUUCCUUUGCUAAAUUAAAACUUUUUUCUCAUCUUUUUAGUCUCAACUUAAAUACCAAAAGGAAAUAAAGAAAUUAUUUCCAUGUGGAUAGAAUGCAAAAA